UUGUAAUGUAUACGCGUCCGGAUCUCGUUGUGAUAGUCUCUCGCUGUUCUCGUACAUAUAUCCGUUGAGUUUGCCGGUACCGUCAGAUUUGGGUCAGAUUUCCGAGAAGAUGCGCCGGAAAUGUGGAAGGAGUUUUGGGAUAGACAAUCGGGUAAACUCCGUCCUUGUUCAUUUGCCAAUCGCGUUAGGUCAGAUCGCAUCGCCUCUCUUGAGCUCUCCAAUCACAAGGAGAUCAUCUCCCCCCAUAGAGGCGCCAUUAAUACUCUCGAGGUUGAUUUGACAGAGGGAAGGUAUCUAUUAUCCGGUGCAGCUGAUGGUUCAGCUGCUGUUUAUGAUGUCCAACAUGCCACAGAUUAUGAAGGAGGUGGCCUUGUUGCAAAGCACCGGUGCUUAUUUUUUGUUGACAAACAACAUGAGCAUGGCCACAAAUAUGCUGUAUCCUCAGCCAUUUGGUAUCCUGUUGACACAGGACUAUUCAUCACAGGUUCAUUUGAUCAUUACAUCAAUGUUUGGGAUACAAAUACUCUACGGGUGGUCAUGGAUUUUAAAAUGCCUGGAAAGGUGUACAGGACAGCUAUGUCUUCAGUAGCCACAUCUCACAUGCUAAUUGCUGCUGGAACUGAAGAUGUUCAAGUUCGCCUAUGUGACAUUUCUUCAGGGGCAUUUACUCACACAUUAUCAGGACACCGUGAUGGUGUAAUGACAGUGGAAUGGUCUACUUCUAAUGAGUGGGUUUUGAUAACUGGGGGAUGUGAUGGGGCAAUACGUUUCUGGGACAUCAGACGUGCAGGGUGUUUUCUUGUCUUAGAUCAGUCCCACUCUCAGCUAGGAAGACGGCCACAACUCCUUGAUCACUCAUCUACAAGAGGAUCAGCAACCAAAUCUGUUCCAUCAGCCCAGUAUUCUUGUGUAAAAACCAAGACGCCAAACAGGAAGAUAGCUUAUGGUAAUGGCACAAAGCAUUCACCAAGCUUUUCUAGAGUUUCAUGUCAAACCAGGCAAAGACUACAUCCAGGGAUGUUAUCUAGUCAUGAUCGUGCAACUGCUCAUUAUGGUGCUGUUACUGGGCUUAGAGUUACUGGAGAUGGCAUGUAUUUGUUAAGUGCGGGUACAGUUUUAGUUUUUCGGCAAUAAUCAGUAAUUAUUGAU